GCCGAUAUCUCCUCAUGAUGUGCUCCCGGAUUCACGGCAGCCUUUCGCGUGCACCUGGUCCAAGUAUUCAUCGCCUCCUGCGUACAUCCUCGACCCCUUCGGCCAAAUUUGUCAAGAUUGUGGAAGUGGGACCACGAGAUGGACUGCAGAAUGAACCUCAUCCGAUAUCUGUUGGGGAAAAAAUCAGCCUCAUUGAUCGCUUAGGCAAAUCUGGGCUUAAGGCAAUUGAAGUCGGAAGUUUCGUCUCUCCCAAAUGGGUUCCCCAGGUAUUAUUUCCAACACCAACACCAUCGCCACAGUGAUCCAAUUCAGUGUUAGAUGGCCGGCACCUCAGAUGUGCUUGCUGGUAUUAAGGCUCUUCCAGGCGUUAGUUACCCAGUUCUCGUGCCCAAUGAAAAGG